AGGGAGCGCCGCGCUGGGCUGCCCUGUCCCGGGAGGGGGCCGGGCUUCGUCACCAGAUGUGACGGAAACUUUGGGGCGUCUGUGAUCUUUGCUUCAGACGGUUCCGGGACGCCGGCGGCUUCAGACGGGCAGCUGAGUGAGUGAACCCUGCUUCCUGUUUAUUGAAGACGGCAACACUCUCAGAACGAUCGCAGGCACCGUGACUCUGCCUGGUUAAGCAGCUACGAAAACCGUCAGUAUGGUUUGUUGGCAAGGUGUGUCAUUCCCAUUGCUGCUCUUGGUUUUGUUGACAAACCACAAGUGUCUAUCGCAACAUUCACAGUGCAAUUAUUCAAGCAGUUUGGACAAUAUAAUCAAUGUAACCAUCGGUCUUUCAAAAGGGCUGAAGAGCCUCAACCCAUUCUACACGGAUACAGUAGCGGAGUGUCUCAACAGCUGCUGUAGUGAUUUGCCUAAAAUAGAUGGACACCUCUGUAAUUUUAUGACAUUUGCUCCAGAGAAUAUCUCUUCCCCAAAUUGCUACCUUUUUCAUUGUCCAAACAAAGAUGCCUGCCCCAUGAUGAAUCUGAAAGGAUACACCAGCUAUGUCGUCGAUAACGAUCAAGAGUCGGAAAUGUCUGCGAUGAAAUCACAUUCCCAGAAUGGGGAAGGAUCUUCAGAUAGUGGGAUUGCAGCCGGCCUCCGAGAUUCUGGGUCUGAUCUUCCUUCCCGUCAAGGCGGCAUGACACAGUCAACAACAACCACCCAUCUCCCACUGCCCACUGUUCAAUCUAGAGCCAGGCCACUAACGGUGGUCCCCACCCUCCCACCACCCAACACGUUGCCAGCAACGCCUUCCACUGCUGCUCCUGUGACCACGACCUCUCCAUUGACAACCAGGAAGUCACCAGCAGCCACCGUCCAGAACAGUCUCUCGUUGACAUCUGCCAAGACUGUGCCAACUGGACUCCCAGUCCUACCAUCAACACCAACGAGAUCUACUGCCCUUCCCACCACUCAAUCGCUGAAGACCACCACCCUCCAAACCACCACUACUGAACCUACAAUGACCACUACUCUUCCAACUACCCUCCAAGCCAGUACCAUUCCACCUCCAAUGCCCACUACCGUUCCAACCACCCUACAUACCACCACUCCUGAACCUACAAUGAUUUCUACACUUCCAACCACCCUACAAGCCAGCACGACUAAAAUGUCCACCACCCUUCCAACCACGUUACAGACCACCACCACCACUCUAAGUACAAUGGCCACUACUCUGCCAAGCACCCUACACACCACCACUACUGAACCUACAAUGCCCACUACCCUUCCAACUACCCUCCAAACCAGCACCACUCCAACUCCAAUUCCCACUACCCUCCAAGCCAGCACCACUCCGCCUCCAAUGCCCACUACCCUUCCAACUACCCUCCAAACCAGCACCACUCCGCCUCCAAUGCCCACUACCUUUCCAACUACCCUCCAAACCAGCACCACUCCGCCUCCAAUGCCCACUACCUUUCCAACUACCCUCCAAACCAGCACCACUCCGCCUCCAAUGCCCACUACCUUUCCAACUACCCUCCAAACCAGCACCACUCCGCCUCCAAUGCCCACUACCUUUCCAACUACCCUCCAAACCAGCACCACUCCGCCUCCAAUGCCCACUACCUUUCCAACCACCCUCCAAGCCAGCACGACUGAGUCUAGAACGUCCACCACCCUUCCAACCACGUUACAGACCACCACCACUCAAAGUACAAUGGCCACCACUCCUCCCAGCCCCCUACACACCACCACACUACCAGCCGUGAUCACCACUCAUCCGACAUCAACCACCACUGCCUCAACCACCACUGCCUCAACCACCACUGCCUCAACCACUACUUCACGGACAACGUCUCCUCUCCCAGAAACACGACCGGUGACCACCAUCGUCCCACCAACAACCAUCUCGACAAGAAAGCCGAUACCACGUGCAACUCUGCAAUCUUCUGUGACCAGGGUUCCAGAGAAGAAAACUCCAUUCAUCACGAAUAUAUCUGCGGUUUCAAACAAUGCAAGUGUUAAUAAAAAGGACGGCGGGGAUCAGGAUCAACGACAGAAUGUGGGAGGUCAGGAAGAAUCAGCAGGAAAGUUUGGAGAUUCACGAAUCGGGCUGAUUGCAGCUCUAGUAUUUGGAGUAUUAUUUCUAACAAUAAUGGUUGCUAUGUUAAGUAAACAGUUAAUAGACUCCUACAAAAGAAAGGACUACACUAAAAUGGAUUUCUUAAUGAAUGGGAUGUACGUGGAGGCGUGAACUAAAAUAUUCCAACAAACAUGGAUCUGUCCCAUUAUGAACAAUCUUGGACUUUGAAGAACUCCCAAAGUAACAAAAGUCUCUGCAGUUGGAAAGGCUGACACCGUUAUUUUUAUAAUCUUCAUUGGAUGUGAACAAGAAUGUAUACGUAAUUUGAAGGGGCAUCAGUAGUAUUUUUUUAAAUCACAAUUCCCAUAGGAAAUCACUUUUAUUGAUAUGUGUGUUGGAAUUGUCAAUGUUUUUAUAACUGGGAUCUGAAUGAAUGGAAAAUUGGAACUCAUUUUUCGGGGAUGCUCGGUAGAUUUGGGGGGGAAAUCCGGAUGCUGGAUCAUCAGGUGUGGAAUUGGUCUUUAUAUUUGUGUCAGGAAUUUGGAAAGGUUGAGUGGAGCAACGCCACAGCAAGAAUGGUAGAGAGAAGUGCAGAGGUGAUGACAGACACUGGUUUUGUGGUCGGCUUGUUGGGUUAUAUCAUGGCUUGUUGGACAUUGUGGAGCAGAGGGAGAUGGAGAUGCAUUUCUGUCGGGAGCCAACUUCAAAGAGGCCGUUCCACAGUUCUUUCUGACAGUUAGUUGGCUUAAGUGAGGUUGCCGGCUCUGCUUUGUUCCCUAUCUUUCAGUCUGAAGAAGGGUUCCGACCCAAAACGUUACCUAUUCCUUUUCUCCGGAGAUGCUGCCUGAUCUGCUGAGUUACCACAAUAUUUAGUGUCUAUCUCUGGCAGAGACUGCCCUGUUGUGAAUAGCAGGGGGAUAGAUGUUGUCAUAGUUGGCAUGUUUCAUUUCAAGAAGCUGGUGUUGUGAUAUCUUCUCCUCGUCCCAGAUGUGGACAAUAGGUUGGGUGGAUUUGUGCCUGAACCCCUUCAGCACUGAGUUGUAAGGUUUCUCUGGGAGGUACUGCCUACCUCUGAGAUCUUUAAAUGUGCAGGAGGUGAAGAACAGAAUGCCAUAGGGAAUUGUUGUUUUCAAUUUAUCUUAAGAAUUUAGAUUUUGGACUCAAAUCUCAAUUCCUAAAUUUGUGGACAAAGAAUAAAAACUAAACUUGCAAAAUGAGUGAAUAAUUUACUAAAUAAAUUUCAAAAUCGGCAGCUGUGAGAAAUACUACACUACGAUACAGAAAAUGAGGAAAUCAUCUUAUUUGGAAGAAAUUAGAUGUGGCAGAGGAGUAAAGGGAUCUGGAAGUCAAGAUACAUAUAUCAAGAACAAUAAUACCCUUUAACAUGGCCAUAGACAAUCAAACUAAGCAUAUAUUUGUAGUGGCAUAGAAUCAAAAAGUAGAAUUACAGAGAAGAUUUAUGAAGAUGUUGCCACAACUCGAGGGCCUGAGCUAUAGGGAGAGGUUGAGCUGUCUAGGACUUGUCUAGGGGUGAUCUUAGAGAGUUGUAUAAAAAUAAUGAGAGGAAUAGAUCAGGUAGAUGCACAGAGUCUGUAGAAGAAUCAAGAACCAGAGGACAUGGGUUUCAGGUGAGGAGGGAACGAUUUAACAGGAAGCUGAGGGGUAAGUUUAUCACACAAAGGGUGGUAGGUGUGUGAAACGAGGAGGUAGUUGAAGCAGGUUCUGUUUAAGAAACA